AUGAACGCGCUGUCCGCGCUCAAGACCACGGAGCUCACGAGCAUCCUCUGCAAAGGCAGCAGCGCGCUUGCGCGUGGCAAACGGCGGCGGCGGCUGCGCGGGCCCGGCACUCGCACAGCCUCGCGCUUGCGCGACAACGUGCGCGCGCUGCAGAUGCACAAGGAGCUCGGCGUGGUGGACACGAAGCAGCUGCCCCUCGGCGACAACGGCGCUGGUGCGAGUGCGGGUGCUGCCGCGGAAGAUAAGGAGCGGGCAAUGCUCAGCGGUGUCGCGCAGAGGGAAGAUCCGUCUACCUACGCAGUGACAACGUACGGUACUGCGCGCAACAACCCUGCCCGCAUUUUCCAGAUAAUAGUAAUCGUUGCCCUCGGUGUAGGGAAGGACUACGUGGAGAACUACUACCGAGAGUUACCACAGAAGCACCCUCAGAAUCUAUCACAGCCCCACAACCCACAGCAUCCGGUUCAGAACCCAGAACCAGACGAGAUACUCUCGAAUCAGUCACUGACCAUCUCCGCUCGAUCGCCCUCGGAGAAUCCGAAGCACCACCAGACCCCGUGGAAGAAGCAGUAG